AAAUAAUUUUAAGGACCAUUCCUUACUUUUUGGCAUUCAAUAUCUCAUGAUCAUCUUCCUCAACUUAUGGUUUCCUUUUUGGCAAAAGAAACGUCUUCUUCGAUAAAUUCAUCUGGUCCUCCAUGCUUCUAAUCACCGUUCUCUUUUCUCAUUAUCAGCAAAGCAAUCCCCACCUUAUUUUCACCGCCACCAUACACGCCGUCGGCUCCUUCACGCCACCUCCUCCACGCCGUCAAAUCACGUUGCCGCCGCAAUUAGUUUUGAUGCUGCUGCGAGCCGUUUUCAUCUUACUUUGUUUCUUCCAUAUAGUAAACCUUUUCACGAACACUUGAUUUUUAAUGGAAUAAACAGAGUAGAAUCAAGUGGAUUGGGUGUGAGAUUGGACAAUUCAGAAUAAACUCAUAAAAUUCGUUCUUCCAGGACCCAACCAGAGAAAGGUGAAAAGAUGGAAAUUAGAUUGAGGUUCUGAAGAAAGAAAGGGGGAAUUAGAACACAAUUCCGGUGAACCUUUUUUUUUUAAAUUAAGCGGAUUCAGAAGUGGGUUGUUGAUCUUCAACAUUGCAGUGCACCGGAAGAAACAUAUGUAAUUUAACAUUAUUUAAUGAUUAUAUAUAAUUUGCCAUGUCUUCAAAGAAAGCGAAAAAAGGCGGAGUCGAGCCUUCUUUCACCACAGAUCUCAACAUAAGCUCAGAUGAAUUGAAUGGGCUGAUUCGUGCACCGAUUAUCUCAUCAUUUAAUGAUCGUAUUCGGCCUUUUCUAGAUGCAGUCGACAAACUUAGGCGCCUUAUGGUCAUGAAAGAAGGCAUACAACUGCCUACAAUUGUUGUGGUAGGGGAUCAAUCUUCGGGCAAGUCUAGUGUCCUCGAAUCACUGGCUGGAAUAAGCCUUCCUCGUGGCCAGGGAAUUUGCACUAGAGUGCCCCUCAUAAUGAGGCUGCAACAUCAUCAUCGCCAAAUACCGGAGCUUUCCCUGGAGUUCAACGGCAAAUCUGUAUCAACAAAUGAAGGUGACGUAGCAGAUGCUAUAAAUACUGCUACUGAUGAAAUUGCUGGCAGUGGUAAGGGCAUAUCUAACACUCCAUUGACUUUGGUUGUGAAAAAAUUUGGUGUACCUGAUCUUACAAUGGUUGAUCUUCCUGGAAUUACUAGAGUGCCUGUUCAUGGCCAACCUGAAAACAUAUAUGAGCAGAUUGCAGAUAUCAUCAUGGAGUAUAUAACACCUGAAGAGAGUAUCAUCCUGAAUGUUCUAUCAGCUACGGUCGAUUUCACUACUUGUGAAUCCAUCAGAAUGUCGCAGAAAGUCGACAAGACAGGUGAAAGAACUCUUGCUGUGGUGACAAAAGCUGACAAGGCACCAGAAGGGCUCCUGGAGAAAAUUACUGCAGAUGAUGUGAAUAUAGGCCUAGGUUAUGUCUGUGUCAGGAAUCGUAUUGGUGAUGAAACUUAUGAUGAAGCGAGAAAGGAAGAAACUGGAUUGUUUGAAAGUCAUCAUCUUUUAUCUAAGAUAGACAAGUCUAUGGUAGGUGUUCAAGUUUUGGCUCAAAACUUGACGCAAAUUCAGGCAACUAUUAUCUACAGGUGCUUGCCAGGAACUAUGAGAAAGGUUGAUGACAAGCUGAAUGCAUAUAAAUCAGAGUUAAGCAAAAUGCCUCAGACAAUGUCCUCAGUUUCUGAAGCUAUGGCAGCUUUAAUGGGAAUAAUAGGGGCUGCAAAAGAUUCUCUAAGGAAAAUCCUCCUUAGGGGAGAAUUCGAUGAGUAUCCAGAUGAUCAAAACAUGCAUUGCAGUGCUAGAUUGGUUGAAAUGCUAAACCAAUACUCGAUUGAACUUCAUAAUUACGAUGAAAAUGAAUUUACAUCAAACUUUCUAGUCGAGGAGAUUCGAAUUCUAGAGGAAGGUUCAGGGAUUUCGCUGCCGAAUUUCCUCCCUCACUCCGCCUUCCGUGAAAUGCUGUGGAGAAAAGUGAUGGCCAUAUCAAAUAUGCCAGUUGGGUUCGUGGAGAAAGUAUGGAAGUACAUUGAAGGUGUCGUUGCAUCAAUCCUGAAACGCCAUUCGGAGAAUUAUCAUCAGCUUCAAUAUUCUACAAGACGAGCAUGCCAAAACAUUAUAGCGAAAAUGAAAGAGCGGUCUAUAAACUGGGUCGAGCAGAUGGUUCAAAUGGAGAAGCUUACAGACUACACUUGCAAUUUUGAGUACUUAAAGGAAUGGAACUUACUUAUGGCUCAUCAACAGACAUUCUUGGACAGUAUGCAGAGAAAUGGAUCUUACAAGCAAACCAUUUCGGGUCUUGGCGAGGUUUCAGCUGGCGAUCUCAGGAAACAUCAGCCUGUUCUGAAAUUGGCAUACGACCUAAAAAUGCGAGUGAUUGCUUACUGGAAGAUUGUUCUGUGGAGACUGGUUGAUAAUACGGCGCUGCAUUUGCAAUACUGUAUCCAAACCCUGGUGAACAGAGAAAUGGAGAAGACCAUCAUUGAAGAAUUGAUUGGGAAUAACGGUGGUUCGAUGGAGAGAAUCCUGGAAGAAUCGCCUUCUGCUGCAGGAAAACGCGAGAAACUGAAAUCAAGUAUCAAGGUUUUGAAGGAGUCCAAGGAGGUUUUAUCAGAAAUCAUGGAUAAGAUAACUUUCUAUAAGGAUUAGAUUUAGAUUUCUUCAGCUUUUGCUUGUUUGGUUUGUUUAUUUCUUGCAGUUUGGUUUGAAUGAAUUUAUCAUUGUUCUGUUUUGUUAAAUUUCAUAGAUUUUGGUCCUUGUUCUUGAGAUUUGAAAUUGGAAUAUAGAUAAUUUUGGUCCUUGUUCUUGA